UCAACUUAUUUUGACUUUUCGGGUGUUGAUGUGCGGUUCGCCCUCGGUGUUUCUGAGAUUUUGUGGUAUUCCGCGGAAAUUCCAUUAUUAUUCUAAUUGUUAAAGAUUUUCUGCAUUUAUCGCAGCGAUGAGUAACGGCAGGCAUUUAUCAGAAGGUGAUAAACUUCCCGAUCUCCCCAAAGAUGGCAAAUUACGUCUAUACUCUAUGCGAUUUUGUCCAUAUGCCCAAAGAAUUCACCUCAUUCUCGAUGCAAAAGAUAUUCCAUAUCACUCAAUCUAUAUAAACUUGGGCAAUAAACCCGGUUGGUUCCUUGACAAAAGUCCUACCGGCAAAGUGCCAGCCUUGGAGCUUACAAAUGAAUCUGGUAAUCCCACAAUAAUCGAAUCGCUCAUUAUUGCGGAGUAUCUAGAUGAGAAAUAUCCAAAGCGACCAAUGUACCCGAAAGAUCCAUUACUGAAGGCACGAGACAGAAUUCUAAUUGAUCAAUUUAAUUCUGUUAUCUCAUCGAUGUAUAAAAUCUUCUUGCAAGAUCUAGAGGAAGUCCCUGGAGCGAUUACGAAUGUAGUGAAAGGCUUGGAUCUGUAUGAGAAAGAGUUGCGCCAUCGUGGCACUGAAUUUUUCAACGGAAAGCAACCCGGAAUGCUGGAUUAUAUGAUUUGGCCAUGGUGUGAACGGUGUGAUAUGUUACCGUACUUGGUUGGAGAUAAAUAUCAAUUGGAUGAUAAACGGUUCGAGAAAUUGAUCAAAUGGCGAACUUUGAUGAAGGAGGACUCUGCUGUCCAACGUUCCAUCAUCAGUGGCACCGAUCAUGCCAACUACAUUAAAUCUCGACGCGCAGGUCGCCCAGACUACGAUAUGCUCGUGAUCGAAGGAAAACGGCAACGAGUCGCUUAAGGUACUUAAGAAGAUGAAAGAGAAUAUUGACUUAUUCUAUUAUUAAGAAUUCCGCGCUAAGAUGAUUGUUAAGAGUCUUAAUUUUGCUGAGUCCUUACGACGAGGAUUUAUUUGUUCUUAUAAGAAACAUUAAUGCAUUUUCAUUAUUUUUACGCUACUUAGUAGAUCAACAUAGUUGACUUUUCCAGAAUUUCUAUUUUUUAAUUUUGCAACUUUUUACUUAUAUAAUGUCAUAAUAUAGUGCAAUGAAAUCGUAAUUUUUCAAAAAUCACAAAAAUCAUUGAUUGGAGCAAAGCUAGGGAAUCAUUUCAAUGAUUCCGCUGUUGUAGUCACACUUGUUCAAAAACAAAAUACGACAUUUAAUAAAUUCGUAAAGAAAAUAAA